UUCCGGCGACCGCUCCGCGACGACAGGCACCGCCGCCCGCACUCCCCCCCCCCCGCCCGCCCCCCCCUCUCUCUCGCCGCCGACUACACCACCACCAACCUCCAGGUCGUCGCCAUGUCCCGGCAGGUGGUGCGGAGCAGCAAGUUCCGACACGUCUUCGGCCAGGCGGCCAAGUCUGACCACUGCUACGAAGACAUCCGCAUCUCCCAGAUGACGUGGGACAGCAACUUCUGCUCCGUCAACCCUAAAUUUGUGGCCAUGAUCGUGGACGCCAGCGGCGGCGGGGCAUUCAUGGUGCUGCCCCUCGGCAAGACCGGUCGUAUCGACAUGUCCUACCCGACCGUAUGCGGCCACACAGGUCCCGUGCUGGACAUCGAGUUUUGCCCCCACAACGACAACAUAAUCGCCAGCGGCUCUGAGGACUGCAGCGUCAUGAUUUGGGAGAUCCCGGACUCCGGGCUGAGCUCGCCACUCACGCAGCCGGUGGUGAAGCUGGACGGUCACUCCAAGCGUGUGGGCAUCCUCAGCUGGCACCCCACAGCGCACAAUGUCCUCAUGAGUGCAGGCUGCGACAACGUGGUAAUCCUGUGGAACGUCGCUCGUGCCGAGGCGGCCGUCAGGAUCGACGACAUUCACUCCGACCUGAUCUACAGCGCCUGCUGGAACCGGGACGGCUCCAAGAUCCUGACCUCCUGCAAGGACAAGAUAAUGCGGGUGAUGGACCCUCGCAAGGGCACCGUCCUCGCCGAGACGGAGAAACCACACGAGGGCUCCAGGCCGGUCCGGGCCGUGUGGGUGUCGGACAGGAGGAUCCUCACCACCGGCUUCAGUCGCAUGAGCGAAAGGCAGGUGGCGCUAUGGGACCCGGAGGACUUUGGCUCACCGCUGACCCUACAGGAACUGGACACCAGCAGCGGCGUCCUUCUGCCGUUCUUCGACCCGGACACUAGCGUGGUCUACUUGUGCGGCAAGGGCGACAGCAGCAUCCGCUACUUCGAGGUGACGGAGGAGGCACCCUACGUGCACUACCUGUCCAUGUACAGCAGCAAGGAGAGCCAGAAGGGCAUGGGCUACAUGCCCAAGAGGGGCCUGGAGGUGAACAAGUGCGAGAUAGCCAGGUUCUACAAACUCCACGAGAGGAAGUGCGAGCCCAUCGUCAUGACGGUGCCCAGGAAGUCUGACUUGUUCCAGGAGGACCUGUACCCUGACACCAUCGGUCCAGAACCUUCCGCUGAAGCCGAUGAUUGGUUUGCGGCCAAAGACGCUCCGCCUGUGCUGAUCUCACUCAAAGAUGGCUUUGUGGCUACCACCAAGGCCAAAGAGUUCAAAGUUCACAAGAGCCUCCUCAAGACCACCGUGGCCUCCCCUGGCGUCACUCACGUAGAUGGUGGAGGGGAUGUGUCGGCUCUGAGGCGGGAGUUGAAGGCUCUGAAAGCGUCACUGGAGGAGCUUAGCAAUCGCGUGAGCUCGCUUGAGAGCAAACAUUAAACCACCAGGACUUUUUACAGAACAAAUGAGAAAUAAUGUGAAACAAAAUUAAGUCAAGAGAUACAAACAAGAAACAAAGAGAAAACCCAUUCCAGGCUCAAUUUGUCGCUUCAAUUAUAUAUAUUUUUUUGAAAUAUAUGCUAUAUUACUUUGAAAUAAAAUCAAUAUUUUCCAAGCA